AUGGCUGGAGAUGAUGAGGACGAUGAUGUCCGUGAGGACGUUGCCGUGCUCUUCGGCUGUUCUGCUGUUGAUCCCCUUCCCGUCGAUGACUCCGACCCCCCAGUCGAUGUGGCUAAUGCCGAUGGUGGCCAGAGAGAGGUUAGCCCUGUCGGUUCUAAUCGCUCUUCCACGUCUGCUGUCUGGGAGGACUUUGAGAAGCACUACAAAACUAAGAAAGGUAGAAAGAUCAGGCAGUAA